UAGAAGAGAUAAGAAGGGAAGUAACUGUAUGAGACGUCUGCAGUUUUAAGACGAGGUAAAAUCCAACGUUUCGCUGUUAAAAUGACUGACGCAGGACUGGAAAGCCCUCCCAGACCACAACGUGUGAUUGCAUUUGAUGUUAUUUCUACUGCAAAUCCUGUGUAUGCGGACACGAAAAAUCUUGUUAAAAAGGGUCAUGAAGAUACUGAAAUGCUGUUAAAGUUUGAAGACGGUCUUGUUGACAGAGCAGUGUCUGACCUGCCAAAUAUAGCAUCUCAGGUGUUCUCGUUAAACAAGGACCAAAAUAGUGAAAUAAAACGACAACAAAAACAUUUGACCAUUAUACAGGACAAGGUGAAAGAGGGUGAAGAAAAGGUGAAUGAGAUCAAAUUAGAAAUACAAUGUGUGAUGAACAAAAUCUUUAUGAAAGAAGAGGAAAGUAAAGAUAGCAGUAAAAGAAUUAAAGUUAUAGACUCCGAGAUUAAGUCAUUGAUAACAAAGGUAUUAAACAAAGAACACGAGUUAUCUCAUCUUAAGGAAAAUACAGACGUAGAAACCAGAAAUCUAAAGAAACAACUAGAGAAAACAGAUAAGUACAGACAAGACGUAGAACAGUUUGAACAAGCAUCGUCUUCUACCUAUAAUGAUCUACAGAUGGUUAAACAUGAAAUAGAGCAAUUAAAGAAACAAAAAGAGAUUAUGGAUAAGGAUCCAGAAGCUACAGAGAGGUUACUGUCAGGGAUUGUCGAGAAGGAAUUACAAUCAGACAUUGAAGACUUAAAGUCUAAACUCCUUCAAGAAGGGAACCAAGCAAAAUUACACAUUGAAAAGCUGACUGAAGAACGCAAGAAGCAUAAACAGUUGACACAGACAAUCCAAGUUUUACAUAAACGUAACGCAGCUCAAAUGACCCGAUUACAGCGUCAAUUAAAGGAGAUACAGACAAGGAACCGGCAAAAACAGAAUCAGCUGAAACUGUUACAGACAAAUAUGGUACAAGCCGAGCAACAAUUGAUGAAAUAACUGAUUAUAGUGUACAUUUUUGUUGUAUUUUUGUUCCGUUAAUAUCUACAAUACAAAA